UUCAUUCGGAUGGACGUUUUGCUGCAAAACGGUUAAACCGUGUGACCUCAUGGCAACUACAGUAACUGAAGAUCUGCGUCGCCAGACAGGAAGCAGCUUUGAAGUCCUGCCAGAAAACAUGUCUGAGCUGAGGGUUGUUCUGCUGGGGAGCAGCUGGACUGAGAAAAGUGAAGUGGGAAAUCUGUUACUGGGAAAUACUGUGUUCACCAGUAAAACUAAAUCGUGUGUGAGAAUUAGUGGUACACUGGAGGGCAAAAAAAUUGCUGUCAUCAACACCCCCUACCUGCCUCCUCUCGACACCUCCCACCAUGAUCUGACAGAGUUUAUAAAAGACUUUGCAAAAUGGUCUGAUCCUGGACCUCAUGUGUUCCUGCUGCUUGUACAGCCUGAAAACUUUACAGAAGAACACAAACUGAGACUCUGCAGAGUCCUUCAAGGCUACAAUGAUCAAUCAUUUGAUCAUUCACUGAUACUGAUCUCAGCACCCAGAGAGGAGAGCUCCGGUUCUGUGGAAGACUUCAUGAAAAGUCCAGCAUUAAAUGAAAUGAUCAAAAAAUGUAAAUGCAGAUACUUGAAGAGGAUCAAUGUUGAACUUCCAGAGCUGUUAACACAUUUGGGGGAAAUUACAAAGGACAACAAUGGAGAGCAUGUCAGCUAUGAAGCUUUUGAGGACACAGAACAGGAUUUAUCAAAAGAUCAACAACCCCCCCCAACAAAGGAGACGAAGACUCCAAUCAUUGAUGCUUUAAAGCUGCAGGAUUGCCCAAUAAAUUAAUCACUCCUCAAGUUUCUGGAAAAACACCUUUGACCAACAUGUCUGCGUUCAGGAUUGUGCUGCUGGGCAAAAGUGAAGAUAAGAAGACAAAACUUGGUAACUUAUCAUUGGGUACCAAGGAUUUCACUGCCAAAGACAAUCACCCAUCAUGCACUCCGUGGCCUCCUGUGGAGAGUGGAGAGGAAAACUACUGACAGUGGUGAAAACUCCAGACUUGUUCAGUCUGUCUGAGGAGGACAUGAGAAGAGAAGUGAAGAGCUGUGUGAGUCUCUGUCAUCCUGGACCAAAUGUUCUGCUGCUGUUGGUGAAACCUUCUAAAUUCACUGAGGAGAACAGAACAACUCUGAAGUUCAUCCUGAGUCUGUUUGGUCACAAUGCCUUUAAACACUCGAUGGUCGUCAUCACACAUGAGAAUGAAAUGAGUUUCUCUGUGAAUGAAGUCCUCAGAGAAUGUGGAGGAAGGCACUACAACAUGUUUGACAUAACUAUGGAUCAUUAAUGCAGAAGAUUCAGGAAAUGACAAAUCAAUACAAUCACCUGAUCAAACCAUCUUUAAACCUGGUUCUGUGUGGGAGGAGAGGAGCAGGGAAGACGUCAGCAGCCAAGGCCAUUUUAGGUCAGACUGAGCUUCAUUCAGCCUCCAACUCAUCAGAGUGUGUUAAACAUCAGGGAGAGGUGUGUGGACGUUGGGUUUCCCUGGUGGAGCUGCCUGCCUUGUAUGGAAAACCUCAGGAGGCAGUGAUGGAGGAAUCACUCAGGUGUAUCUCCCUCUGUGAUCCUGAGGGUGUCCAUGCCUUCAUCCUGGUCCUACCUGUGGCUCCCCUCACUGAUGAAGACAAGGGAGAGUUAGAGACCAUCCAGGACACAUUCAGCUCUCGAGUCAAUGACUUCACCAUGAUUCUGUUCACUGUGGACUCAGAUCCUACAGAUCCAGCUGUUG